AUGAUUCAUUUGGUAUUGCAUUUUCCAGAAGAUGCAAUAUUGGGUGGUCCGGUAUUUAUGAGGUGGAUGUAUCCUUUUGAAAGAUACAUGAAAAAAUUAAAGAAUUAUGUGGGAAAUAAAGCUCGCCCUGAAGGGUCGAUCGCCGAAGGCUAUGUUGCAGACGAGGCUUUGACCUUUUGUUCAAUGUAUUUCAAAGGCAUUGAAACAAGAUUUAACCGUCUUGAUCGAAAUGAAGAUGCAACUUAUAUCCCACGAAAUCUUGCAGUUUUCCAAUCUCAAUGUCGUCCACUCACAAAGGGAACUUUGAAGACUCUCGAUCAUAAGACUCGUGAAAUAGCUGAGUGGUUCAUACUUGAGAAUUCUCCUGAAAUUGAGCCUUAUUUAGAUGAACACCUACAAGAGAUUAAACAAAAAUACCCAGAUGGUGAUCAUGAUCGUUUGCAUAGGAAAAAUUUUCGUUCGUGGUUUCAUAAAAAGAUAUAUGACCUGCACAAGCUUGGGUCUUUGGAUAACGGUGAUGAACUGUUAGCUUUAGCAUCUGGGUCAGAUCAUUUGUCAACAUUUUACCAAGGUUGUAUAGUCAAUGGUGUUCGAUUUAUUGCACACGAUCGAGACAAAAAGCGCACCACACAGAAUAGUGGAGUGUCGGCUGCCGGAACCGAAGUAUUGCUAUAA